UUUCAUUCGAAGGUUCAGGCUUUCAAAAUUUGCAGUUCAGCAUCUGUUCUCAUUAAUUGGCCACAAAAUAAUCAUUUAACUUCCAGAAACCAAGCCGUUCCAGGAAUGCUACAGCUUCUGAUUACCUUACGUGUUUAUGCUACAGGGAGUUUUUAUAUAACUUUAGGCGAUUUCGCAGGCUUACAUAAGUCCACAGUGUGCCAAAUAAUAAAGAAAGUUACUCAUUCCAUUGCUUCACUGAGUCCGAAGUUUAUUCGUUUACCGCAAAACGAGGAAAUUGUAAAAGUACAGGAAGAAUUUUACGAUAUUGCCCGAUUUCCUCGCGUAGUUGCCGCUCUUGAUUGUACCCACGUAAGGAUUAUUUCGCCAGGUGGAGAUACAGCGGAAAACUUUAGAAACAGAAAAUGUUAUUUCUCUAUAAACGUCCAAGCUAUGUGCAACGCAAGACUAAAAUUUCAAAAUAUAGUUGCGAGAUGGCCAGGAUCUACCCAUGAUAGCAUGAUAUUUUUGAAUUCAGCGGCUAAAUGGCAUUUCGACAACAACAAUUUCAACAAUGCCCAGCGCCUCUACAAUGAAUCCCAAAUAAGGACAAGGAAUGUGAUAGAACGUUGCUUUGGAGUAUGGAAGAGACCGUUCCCAGUGCUAAGCAUCGGCAUGAGGUGUAAAUUACCAUUAGUACAAGACAUAAUUGUGGCAUCGGCAAUAAUACACAAUCUAGCAAUCGAAAUGCAUGAAGAGGAGCCGCCAGUUGACCCCGAAGUAAAUGUUCAGGUGGAACUAACUUGCCAAAAUAUGGAGUUCGUAAUUUCAGAUGAUAGUGAUACACGAAACUCAUUGUUAGAAUAUUUCGAGUCAUUAAUUAGACUUUGAGUUUAUUAAAUAAAUAGUAUGUACAUACAUAUGUAUGCAAAUUUUCAGUACAAAAAUUCCUUUAUUUUAAUAUGGUGCUUAUCAUAACUUUGCUACACUCACAUUUUGACAAGAAUUGACUAUUCAUUUUAUAUAAAUCCAAGUACAAAUAUUUACGAAAGUUUGUUGGUUUCUUUUUAAAUGUUGCACAAAUAUUGAAACUUGGAUUUAUACGGGUAGAAUAAAC